GUGGGCACAGGUGGGUGGCACUGAUGGGCACAGGUGGGUGGCACUGGUGGGCGGGCACAGGUGGGUGGCACUGCUGGGCACAUGUAGGUGGCACUUCUGGGCACAGGUGGGUGCACUGCUGGGCACAGGUGGGGGCACUGCUGGGCACGGGUGGGCGGAGCUAGUGGGCGCACUGCUGGGCGGAACUUGCGGGUGUCACUGCUGGGCACCGAUCAUCAGGGCACUGAUCAUCAGUGCCCUGAUGAUCGGUGCCGAUCCCCCCCGCUCUGACAACUGCCGGUUCUCGGCAGUACUUUUCUCACGAUCUGACAGCGUGAGGAAAGUGCAGCCGAGGACCGGCACUUGCAU